CACUACUACAGUAUCCAAAUCGAACAUAGGCGUCACCCAUUAUGCUCACUCGAUCGAAGGCUCCUCCUUCGGAACAAGCAGAUUCUGAAGAAUCCUCGAAACUGCCGCCAACCGCAGAGAAGCCCAGCAAGACCUUCAUCCUCCCUUCGGCAGCUAGCGACGAAGCUCGGUUCCUUCAAUUGCCUAAUCCACAAACCGGAGAUCUCAAUCGCUAUUACUUCUGCCCCAAACUGGGGGUUUACGAAUUCACCGUCAUCGCAUCGCCAUCGCAGUCCCCCCGAAGUAUCCUCUUUACGCCCAAGUCGUACACCCCAGCACCAGGAGAAAAAGGUCAGGAACCUACAACGGGAUCUAUCACCAAACUGGCGCAAUUGCUAGUUGCGACGCCCAUCGAUGUCAUAUUCUUCCUAGCCCCUUUACUAUGCUCGACAUCCUCCCAGGCGAAGGGUCUGUUCCAACCUCUUGACGACAUCAUCGACUCGCAAGAUGAUAUAUCCAAGCAUUUACGGCAUGUUCUGUACAAUGAGACCUUCAAAGAUACUCUGCAGGCGCGAGUGGAAGCUAUUUGCGACUCAGUAGAGGCAGGAGAUGAGAAAAUGUUCCGAUUCAGUGAGGCGAAAUUCCUCAAGGAGUUAGUUGCCAAAGCAGAGCGCAUGGUGGCGCAGGGACUUCCUGCGAGCAUGGAAGAACGGUUCAUCCGCCAAGCUUUAGCUACGCCUCUCAUGUCCGUCAAGCGAGAGGAUACCACGACCAACGGCGUGUCGACCAAUAGUAACGAGGGCGAGGGAGAAUCGCAGGACAGCAAAGAGACACCGGCAACCACAGCAAGCUCGACGUCGGCUUCCACGCCCUCCGGCCAAUCUACUCCCGCCACUGAGGUCUCCCCAGAAGAUCCAGGUGCUUCAGAUAAUGUGGCUAGACUACUGAGGAUCUCGACAGCUUUGUCCUUCAUGAAGGAUUCCUACCUGUCGGCAGCUCUGCGGACCAAGGUUGAUGAAUUACUUACCAGUGUAGACAGCCCAAUCGACUUUAAGCCUAUGCAUGACCAUCUCAAGCGUGUGGCUGAGCUUCGCGCAGAGGCGCUCGCAUCGCGAUCCUUGGGAGACUUCAGUCGGAAGCGAGAUGCCGACGACGAUGAAGGCGCAGAGGCACGAGCGGAGAAGAAGCGCCGCAAAGAGGAAGAAGAGAAGAAAAAGAAGGUGGGAGAGUCUCGCGGGGUCAGGGAUUUGAAGAAGGUUAAUACCAUUGGCAUGAAGAAGAUGAGUGCCUUCUUUGCAAAAGCGGCCCCUAAGAAGAACUCUUGAGUUGGUCCUUGCAUGAGAUGCUAUCUUGCACUGGAUGAACUCCAUUUCUGCGGUUGCGCGCG